CUGUCCCAGGCCCUGGGGAGGCUGGAGAAGAAGCAAGCAGACAAGGAGGAGCUGCUGGUUUUGGGAAUCGAUGAGAAAGCAGACAAAGGCGCCCUGGCUGACAAAGUCAGUCGCAGCCAGCUUGAGGCGUGCGAGGACCGGCUGACCAAGAUGAUGGAGGAGGUGACGAGCCGGGUGACGGGCCAGGAGAACGGCUGGCUCCAGUUCCAGAAAGAGCUGCAGAGACAGAUGGACUGCAAGCUGGACCGCCGGGAGCUGGGGGCGUUCCGGAAGCAGCAGGAGGAGCGGUGGAAGAGCCUCAGCGGGCAGCUCCAGGAGAAGGCGCUGCAGGCAGAGCGUGACAAUGCCGCUGGGAUUAGGAAGCAGCUGCUGCCCGGUUUCCAUUGCCUGUCCUGUGACCGGCCCCUCAACAUGCUGGCGCCUGGACCGGAGCGGACGGGCGAGUGCAGAUACCCCACUGUUCCGCGGAGCUGCGUGGGCCCACACACCGUCACGCCCCCGCGCUUCCAGCCCCAACCGCCCAGCACCCCACGGCCGUCCCAACCCAGUGCCCGCCGCCCCAACAAGAAGGACGCGAUGCAGCUGUCGGGCCAGGACGGCACUGAUGGGAAGCGGCAGGACGAGCAGCUCUCCAUGAUGGGGGGCUCUCAGCUGCCCACAACACCAACGGCCACCCCAGAGACCUCGACCUCGAGGAGCCAGAAAAGCACCGCCUCCCCGCUGCUGUUAGCCGUGCUGAAGCGCCAACCAGCCUCAGCUCCCGGACGCCUCACCCAGGCACCGAAGCUGCUGCCACACCGCAUUAAAUCAGCGCCCUGACAGCCGGGCAGGACGGGGGUCCCGGCCCCGGUCCCACCGCCCCGGGCGCUGAGCCGGCAGCGGCUGCAAUAAAUGGCGAUGGGCAACCAA